AUGUCUCGUGCAAUUCUCGUUACUGGCGCAACCGGUAAACAAGGUGGCGCUGUUGUCGAUGCCUUGCUAAAACGCAAGUCGUCAGACUUUCUGAUCCUCGCAGUCACGCGAAAUAUCCAAUCCGCCUCUGCAAAACGUCUCGCAGCCAAGUCUUCGUCUAUCAAACUUAUCGAGGGUAAUCUCGACGCGGCUCAGACCCUCUUCGCUUCUGCCAAGGCAUCCGCUGGGACGAUACCACUCUGGGGUGUGUUUUCCAUCCAGGCAAUGAGUCCGGGGAAGACGAGUAGUGAGAUCCACCAAGGCAAGGCGAUAAUUGACGAAUCUAUCAAGGCUGGAGUUCAGCAUUUCGUCUAUACUAGUGUCGAACGCGGCGGUGACGAGCGAUCAUGGGGUAAUCCUACUAAUGUCCCACAUUUUAUCACCAAAUACCAUAUUGAGCAUCACUUACGGGACUCUACUACGAAUAACAAAAGCCCCAUGGGUUGGACAAUUCUGCGACCCGUCAUCUUCAUGGAUAACCUCGCACCAGGUUUCUUCGGCAAGGUCUUUCUCACGAUGAUUCGCGACGUCAUGGGGGAGAAGCCGCUGCAGUGGAUAGCGACCAAGGAUAUCGGCUUCUUCGCAGCUGAAGCUUUCCAUAACUCGGCUACUUGGAACAAGAAGGCUAUAGGGCUGGCAGGCGACGAACUCACAUUCUCACAAUUGAGCGGGGUAUUCGAGAGCGCGACGGGCGCGACUGUUGGGACGACUUAUGGGCUGUUCGGCAAAGCACUCAAACACGGAGUAAAGGAGCUAGGAAUCAUGGUGGAGUGGUUCAAUCAAGAAGGGUACAACGCCAACAUUGCAGAGGUCAGGAAAAUUCAUCCAGGUGUAACAACAAUGAAACAAUGGCUCUCCGAAAGUGCAUUUGCAGAGAGAAAAUAA